GAUGGCACACAAGGGAUCAAUAUUAUGGCAAUAUUACGUAGCCAUCUCCCUUCCCAGCCCUCGCCGAAACAAAACAACCACAUAGGAUUGAUUACCAGGAAGAAUUCAAACGUUGUUGUUGUUCAUGUUGUUACAUUAUUCGAAGGUGCACGAAACAUUAUUAUUAUUCAUUGAUUGAUUGUUAAUCAUGUCGUCAGCGCCGCUGCGUAGAAAAAAGGUGUUUGAAAAGUGGUGCCGCAGCCACCACGACGAGGCAGCGGAUGACGAGACAGACAGAGAUUGUAUUGACAGUAUCCAUGAGAUGUCCAAGGAUGAGGGCAGCCAAUACAGCCUCACCGGCAUCCCUCUUCCACCGCUCGGCGCCAACGCCAACCCCAACUACCGGCGGCCCAAGCUCGGCAGUUUCAUCAUCUCACCAUUUAGCCAUCGUUACAAGAUGUGGGAAUUGUUUCUGGCGGUUUUAGUUGUCUACACUGCAUGGGUGGUCCCUUUUGAGUUUGGAUUCCUUGAUGAACCGAUGCUAGGUCUUUCAAUUAGUGACAACAUUGUGAAUGUGUUUUUCAUCGCGGACAUUGUGCUGAGAUUCUUUGUUGCAUACCUAGACAAGUCUACAUAUCUGAUGGUCGACGAUCGUAAGCGCAUUGCUUUGAGAUAUCUCAGAACAUGGUUCACCUUUGAUGCCAUUGCCUCCGUUCCGUCGGAGCUUUCCCACAAGUUAUUGCCCGGUAAAUUGAAGACAUACGGCUACUUCACUAUGCUCCGCCUCUGGCGUCUCCGUAGAGUCAGUAAAAUGUUUGCAAGUUUAGAGAAGGACAAGAAUUAUAACUACUUCUGGGUGCGGUGUUCAAAGCUCAUAUGUGUAACUCUAUUUUCAGUGCAUUUUGCUGGCUGCAUUUUCUUUUUUAUUGGUGCCCAUCAUGACCGAACAACAUCUUGGAUUUCGAUAGUCCCUGAUGCCGCUAAGACGAGUCUCAUGAGUAACUAUGUGACAUCAGUGUACUGGUCCAUAACGACUCUUUCAUCAGUUGGUUAUGGCGAUCUGCAUCCUGUAAAUACAGGGGAGAUGGUGUUUGACAUAUUCUACAUGUUCUUUAAUCUGGGACUCACAGCAUAUCUCAUUGGAAACAUGACGAACUUAGUUGUUCAUCGGACAAGCAGAACAAGGAAAUAUAGAGACACAGUUCAAGCAGCCGCAGGUUUCGCGCAGCGGAAUCUGUUACCUAUCAGGCUGCAAGAGCGGAUGCUUGCUCAUUUGCAAACCAAAUACAGAACUGAUUUAGAAGGACUGCAGCAUCAAGAGAUUAUUGAUUCCCUUCCAAAGGCUAUUCGAUCUAGUAUCUCACAAUUUCUAUUCCUUCCAAUCCUGGACAAAGUGUACUUGUUUCAUGGAGUGUCAUGUGACCUUCUUUUUCAAUUGGUCACAGAGAUGAAGGCUGAGUAUUUUCCUCCAAAGGAAGAUGUGAUUUUGCAGAAUGAAGCGCCAACGGACUUCUAUAUCUUUGUCACCGGGGAAGGAGAACUCAUCAAAGAAAAGAAGGGAGCUGAAACUAUUGUUGGUGAGAUAAAGGCAGGGGAUGUAGUUGGAGAAAUAGGAGUUCUAUGUUACAGGCCACAGCAGUUUACAGUUCGAACCAAAAGAUUGUGCCAAAUUCUGCGCUUGAAUCGUACUACAUUUCUAAAUCUUGCACAUUCAAAUGUUGGAGAUGGGACAGUUAUCAUGAACAAUUUUCUCCAUCAUUUGCAAACAUCAGACCUUCCAGAUAUGGAUGUUGUUUUGGCAGAAACACAAGCCAUGCUGGCUCGGGGUAAAAUGGAUUUACCCGUCAGCGCGUGCUUUGCGGUGGAGAGAAAGGACGAUGAAUUGUUAAGUCGGUUGCUGAAGCAGGGUUCAGAUCCAAACGAAAUUGAUCCUAAUAAGAAUGGAAAGACAGCACUGCAUAUUGCAGCUUUCAAAGGCUAUAGGCACUGUGUGGCUUUGCUUCUAGAACAUGGUGCUGACGCAAAUAGUAGAGAUAGGGAUGGAAGUGUGCCACUAUGGGAAGCAAUGCUGGGUGGGCAUGAAUCUGUGAAGGAGCUUCUUAUAGACAAUGGUGCAGAGUUAUCAGCAGCUGAUCCAGGCUUUGUAGCAUGCUCUGCUGUUGAGCAGAACAACUUGAAAUUGCUCAAGGAAAUUGUUCAGCAUGGUGUGGAUGUGACACAGCCCAAAGAGAAUGGAAUCACUGCACUGCAUUCUGCAGUGUGUGAAGGAAACAUAGAGCUGGUGCAGUUCCUUCUGGACCAAGGAACAGAUGUUGAUAAACCAGAUGAUAAGGGUUGGACUCCAAGGGCCAUGGCAGAACAACAAGGUCAUGAAGAAAUCAAGAACAUAUUCCAGACCAAAGGUGGAGGUGAUGACAUGGUGCCUCUAAUGAGAAAGCCAAUGCAUGGAAAUGUAACUUGCAUUGGGAUUGGCAAGUUUCAAAGUGAACCAAACAUGCCUGCUUGUGUUUCCCAAGAUAGCAUGCCACAACCACCUAGUGAAGAGUUAAGAUGGCUAGAUAAUCAUAGGAGGAGAAGGGCUAGCACUUUUCAUAAUUCCAUUUUUGGCACCAUCUCAGCUGCUAAUCGAGAUAAAUGGGAACGCAAGUCACAUGAAAACAGUAGCAGUAGCCAUGUCAAUGGAUCAGAAGCCAUUAGAGUGACAAUUAGUUGUCCUGAGAAAGGUGACCCUGCUGGAAAGCUAAUUUUGCUUCCCAAGUCCCUUGAGGAACUGCUAGAUGUUGGUGCCAAAAAGUUUGAUUUCUCUCCCACAAAAAUCUUGACCACAGAAGGAGCUGAAAUUGAUGACAUAAACCUUAUACGAGAUGGUGAUCAUGUUAUUAUUGCAAGCGAGUGAAGCGACUGAUAUCAUGUUUGCAUCAACUUAUGUUUUAUCAUAAUCAUUUCUAGCAUUUAUUAGUUGUUCACAAAAAUUUCUCCUUAAAAUUGAAUUUGACUUUAGAAUCAAUUGUAAAAGAAGUUCUAAACAUGCAUCAAAGAGAGAAAUGAUAAUUGGUUCUUUAGCUUUUUCGAUGCCAUAUUGCCAUGUGCAUCCAUUGCUGCAUUGUAAUAUCCAGUUACCCUUUUCCCUACAUUCUUAGUUUAGUUCCUCUCAAUACCUUGCUUGUAACUUGUAAAGUAGCGAAAUUAAUCCCUGCCCCUUGGCUAAUUUAAGAUUAGUGUACAGUGGAA